AUGUCCAUGAUUGAUCCUCCAGAUAUUCACUAUAUAGAUCGAAUUGAGACUGUUGACCAGUCAAGCAAUGAUGAUGCUGCCUCUUCUUCUUAUACCUCUGCGAACCCGAUAAAGCUCGGCGACUUCAGCAAGCUCUUCGCCGAGUUCCUUGAUUCUCCUCCUCCUCAGCAUAGAUAUGAUCCCGGCCCAGACUUUCUGGCCAGAAGCGACUACGACGAUGACUAUUCGCCGGCGCAGAUAGUCCUGGAGCCCGCCAGUUUGUCAUCGACGCCCUCGAGUUAUGGCCCUGAGCUGUUGCCCCCUGCAAAGCGAUCGCACACGAGCAUCGUCCAUCAUGAUCUUCCAUGUGAUAUAAAGGCUCUCCCAUCAAGCGAACAACAUAUCGAUUCCGCCUAUGGAACAACAUCCUCUCCGCCAGAUCUGUCGCCAUCCGCAUGUCGACAUCCAUCAUCUCAGGGCCGGGGACGUCGGCGGGCUGGGCAAUCCGACUUCCUGACGUCUUCUUCUCCCGAAUGCCCAGAAUGCUCGCCUCCAGCCAAUACUAUGCGUCAUUCCCGCUCUUUGAUGAACAAACUUCCAAGCGACGUGCGUGAAAAGCUACGCUUAAAGGACGACAGACACAGGGCGCUUAUGAUGAAUCUCGUCCCGUAUCGUAUGCGAGAUGCCUCCAUGGCGGGAAAACACCCCACAAUCACUUCGCAAGGCAUUCACGUCUUCGUCGACAUGUCCAAUAUCGAUAUUGGGUAUCAAAAGACGUUGAAGGGAUCCCAACGUAUUAACGCAAACACUCGUCUAUCACCUGUGCCUCAUCUAAACUUGCAAUUCUUGACCAAAAUACUCGUUCGGGAUCGGCCAGUUGUUGCGCUGAAUGUCUGCUGCUCUACUCUCCCAGGUCGUUCAGAACCUCGUUUUGUGCAGCAGAUGCGCGAGCUAGGUUAUCACGUUGAUCUAAGAGAGCGCAAGGGCGUUCUUGACGGUGGACUGACCUUCACUGGAGCUCCUGACACUCUUCGUUAUGUCGAGGACCUCGUGGACGAAACUCUACAGGUCCGCAUUGCCGAGUCUGUAAUGGAAUACUUUCGCACGCCUGGUACCAUCGUACUGGCUACUGGAGAUGCUAAACCUUCUCCGCACUCUGAUGGAUUUUUCUCAUAUGUCGAGCGAGCACUAAAGAUGGGCUGGAAUGUUGAAGUUAUCUCCUGGAGAGGCAAUCUCUCCCAGAGGUGGAUUGAUAGAGAGUGGACCUCUCAGUGGCAUGACAAGUUUCGUGUUAUUUUAUUGGAUGAAUUUCUAGAGGCUCUGAAGUGA